AUGAUCCACGACACUCUUCUGUCAACCCUCAUCCUCCAGCUCUGUCUGGCAACCCUUGGCCUGGGCGCUCCUAUCCAGGCCGAUGCGCUCGACAAUAGCUGGCAAUAUGGCACCGGUGGCGGUCUGCUUGGACUGGUCGUUCUGAUCCUGGAUAUCAUUGUUUUUGCGGCACUGGUGACGCGGGCACUUGCCGAAGGCCAUCAUGAGAAUUCGCUGCCCUCUUACCACUACGGCGCUCCCAUCCGCGUCGAGUGCAUGAACCGGAGCUCCGAAACGGGCGAACACAUCGAGAAUCCCGAGCACGAGAUCCAAUGGAUCCCCUUCCCCGUCUGCAACGAGACCGGCAAGCCACUAGAGUUCUACUACGGCAUCGAAGACGAGGUCAACUGCACCAUCCCCAUAGUCAGCGACCCAUUCUUCCACCUCCUCGAAUUCUAUAUCCACAGCGAUGCGCCGCUCUCAUGCCGUCUACCCGCGCGCCCCGCGCCGCACGUCAAGGUGGUCGGGGAACCGCUGCCCGAGCAAGAAUAUAUUCCACUCGUGUUUGCCCUUGCCGGCACGCUGCAGAUGAGCCACAUGCACAUCAGCACCCACCUCAACGUGCUCCUGCACAGCACACGAAAACAUCACAUCCACCCCCACGACAGCGGCGUGCUUGACAGCGCGACCGCCUACAGUACGAGCCCGCUCACACACAUGGAAGGAGGCGCAACAAGGCGGCUCAUUAUUGGUGAUCCGCUGCCCCUCAGCUUCAGCGUGAGGUGGUUCCCGACGCCGGCGCUACCAAAGGUUGGAGGCAAGGUGGAAUGGUCCGGAAUGGGCGGACAUGUAUACGCUAGCACCGUGUUUUACUGUUUGGUUUCGUUCGGCGCCGGCGUGGUGGUCUCUGCGGUUUAUUUCUACGGGACGGUUUUGCCGAGGAGGCUUCGGGGAAGGGGCCUCGGCGGCGCUACGCCCAUGGGAUAUGGGUUGAACGGCGUGGGCAAUGGUUGGGGAUACCAGAAGAGGGCAAUUGAUUAG